GACUCUUUCUGGCUUUAUUCUUAAAAGGACCCCUGGAGUCAGCAAAAAAGAUUAUGGUGGCAGGACCCUGAGUGAACAGUUUCAGUGGAGUGAUCAUAGCAGAAGUUGUUCUGUGUGUUUGAGGGUAUGAUGACAUGUUUGGACCACAUUGUCUCUGAAAUAAGGUUUCUAGAUUGAGAACUCAACUGAAAUACAAUGUAAAACUUCUUGGUGGACCUGUCACCAAAUUCAGUCAUUGCUUCUCAAAGUUUGUUGUCUUGACGUUUGUCUUCCUUCUGCUACAUCACUGCUCCGUGAAACGCUCAUCUUUAUCAUUUUCCUGACAGGUGCCAUCUUAGUAAGCCCCUUGUUGAUAGUUUGUUUUGAGUGGUAGCUAUCAUUACUGAUUGGGACACAGGGCAUGACUUUUUCCUUGCUGCUCUGUUCCCCUUCCUAACAUCGGUAUGGUGUGUGUGAGGUGAGCUUUUGCUCAGAAGUCAUCUUCAUGCACAGGACGUAAGUUGGCGCCAGAAUGAUAAUGUUCACAUAUGUAAGACCCCAAAAGGCACAAGUAGUUUUCUCUCUUCCUGUGCAAGGGCCAUACACUUGAGCUUGCUGGUCACAAAGGAGGGAAUUGGGCUCACACUCUCAGUCCAGCUAUCAUUGUCCCUUGUUAUAAAGUCCAGCUGCAGAUGAGAGGUUUUCCCUUGAUGACUGACUCCUUUUCUUGCUUUCAGACACUGAUACAGCAAAAUGCAGAGAAAGAACUUCACAGAAAUGGCAGAAUUCAUCUUCCUGGGAUUCUCUAUCUUUGGAAAGCAUCAGAUAACUCUUUUUGUGGUUUUCCUCACCAUGUACAUUUUAGUUCUGGCAGGGAACAUCACCAUUGUAACUGUCAUCUGCAUCGACCAUCAUCUCCACACUCCCAUGUACUUUUUCCUGAGCAUGCUAGCUAGUUCAGAGACCGUGUACACCCUGGCCAUUGUCCCACGAAUGCUUUCUGGUCUCAUUUUUCAUAACCAGCCUAUCUCCUUGGCAGGCUGUGCAACCCAGAUGUUCUUUUUUGUGGUCUUGGCCACUAAUAAUUGCUUCUUGCUCACAGUGAUGGGCUAUGACCGCUAUGUGGCCAUUUGCAAGCCCUUGAGGUACACAGUCAUCAUGAGCAAAGGAAUGUGUGCUGGGUUGGUAUGUGGGUCCUUUGGCACCGGUCUGGUUAUGGCAGUUCUCCAUGUAACAGCCAUGUUCCAUUUGCCUUUCUGUGGCUCCAUGGUGGACCACUUCUUCUGUGACAUUUACCCAGUCAUGAAACUUUCUUGCAUUGAUACCACUGUCAAUGAGAUAAUCAAUUAUGGUGUAAGUUCAUUUGUCAUUUUUGUGCCUGUAGGGCUGAUCUUCAUCUCCUAUAUCUUUGUUAUCUCCUCCAUUCUUAAGAUACCCUCAGCUAAGGGCCGGAAGAAGACCUUUGCCACCUGUGCCUCUCACCUCACUGUGGUCAUUGUCCACUAUGGCUGUGCCUCCAUUGCCUACCUCAAGCCCAAGUCAGAAAAUGCAAUAGAAAAAGAUCUUCUUCUCUCAGUGACCUACACCAUCAUCACUCCCCUGCUGAACCCUGUUGUUUACAGUCUGAGAAACAAGGAGGUCAAGGAUGCCCUACGUAGAGCUGUGAGCAGAAACAUUUCUUAACAGAUUGAAUCAUUUUGUCAGGAGACCUUUAGCCUGGUGUAAUGUGUGUCUGCUCACAAACAUGCCACGAUAACACAAGUUCAUCAAAUACAAUGUUUGUGGAGAAUAAUGUCAAAGAGUUGAAAUGCUUUUCUUUCUCAUGCUCUAGGGGAAAGGCAGAAAGCAAGGUUUUUUGCUCUGGUGAAUUUUGUUACCAGGUACAAGAAUCAUUCAAAGACAGAUUAAGACUGCUUGUUUCUAUGCCUGAGGUGUUCUGUUUGGAAACCUCUUUUGGCCCUCACUUUACCUGGCUCCUUUCACACAGUCAAGUCCUUGACCCAGUCUGUAAGGAGAUGUGGAAGAAGUCUUAGGAAAUUAAGCAGCAGAGACAGCUUGAGGAUGGCUUUCAUUCUUAGGAGUUAAAUCACUUGCCCCUUAACAGUCAUUUCAGAAAGGGUUUUCUUAGUUCUUGCUGAUUGAAAAAUGAACAGCCUCAG